AUGCCGUUGUCCGGAACACUUAAGAUCAAGGUGCACCGCAUCGAGGCCACAUUCGUGGAGGAGGAGCAGAAACUGCACGCGCUGCGCUUCGCCGUGGGCAAAGCCGACUACACGACCAAGUUUCGCAAGCACAACGCCCCCAUCGAUGAGCACAUGAAGCUCAACGUCAAGAACGCCCCCACCGACGCCACACUCACCAUCGAGGUGCUGCAGGAGAAGCGCAAGAAGGCGCUCGUUGGCACGGCGCAGCCGCUCACCGAGUUCCUCAAGAGCAACCUUGAGCGCAUCAUGACGUUCACGUUCGGCCCCAAGGCCGCACCGAAUGUGGUGCUGCUCUACUUCCGUGUAAACUGGGAGCCUAACGACGCCGAGGUGAGCAUGCACCUCCCCUGGUUCAUGCGCGCGUCCUACUACUACGAUACGACCAAGCGCAUGUACGACUACACCACGAGCUUCCGCAUCGUGGCCCCCUUCGCGCGCUUCGGAGAAAGCAUUGUCGACGCGAUCGUGGAGAACGUGAGCGACAAGUCGCUUUACGAGAUUGAUGAGGACUGGGUCGAGCCGGGCCUUCUAGCCCUGGACAACAAGGCGGACGCUGGCAUCUCCGCGGUCCGGCAGUAUGCGCUCAAGAAGAAGGACGAUGCGGUGGAAGUGGUCACCAAGACCAAGAAUUUCAUCACCGAGAAGAUCUCGUCCGCUUCAUCGGCCGUCUACAAUACGGUGGCCAGCCUGGCGUUCUACACCAAGGUGCAGGUGGCGCACGCAUUAUCGUGGACCUGCGGGACGAUCAAGAGCGUGACCUGCUCGGUGCUGAGCUUCGUGCCGGUGAUCGGGCGCAGAAUCGCGGCCUAG